CGCCGUUGCUUCUCCUUCGCCUUCAAAGGUACGAACUUUACCACAAAGUCGGAGACGACGGAGACGACGGAGACGAUGACGAAGGACCCGAAGGAAUCGCAGUCGCAUUCACAGUCCGCAAACAUUUGCGAUCACACCCCCGAACUCCUCUCUUCCUUCGUCGACACCUUCGUCGACUUCUCCGUCAGCGGCGGCCUCUUCUUGCUACCCUCUCCGCCGCCGCCGCCGCCGCCGCUGCAGACGCUCCACUCCGCACCCGACCGCCUCGUCGCCAUUGGCGACCUCCACGGCGACCUCUCCAAGUCCAAGCAGGCCCUCGCCCUCGCCGGCCUCAUCGACGGCGAGGGUAGAUGGACCGGCGGCUCCUCCACCGUCGUCCAGGUCGGCGACGUCCUCGAUCGUGGCGGCGACGAGCUCAAGAUCCUGUACUUCCUCGAGAAAUUGAAGCGGGAAGCUGCCAGGUCUGGAGGUAAGGUUAUCACUAUGAACGGCAAUCAUGAGAUUAUGAAUGUGGAAGGUGACUUUAGGUACGUGACCCAGCGCGGAUUAGAGGAAUUUAGGGUUUGGGCCGAUUGGUUUAGGACUGGGAAUGCUAUGAAGGGGCUGUGCAAGGGUUUGAAGAAGGAGAAGGACCCUUUUGAUGGGAUCCCAGCGGCUUUUCCUGGCAUCAAGGAGGACUUUUUUGGUGGUUUUAGAUCUAGAAUUGCUGCACUUCGGCCCAACGGGCCUAUAUCGAGUCGUUUCUUGUCGCAAAAUUUGACUGUUGUGGUUGUUGGUGAAUCUGUUUUUGUUCAUGGAGGGAUCUUGGCGGAGCAGGCAAGUUACGGAUUGGAGAGGAUCAAUGAAGAGGUGAGAGAUUGGAUUAAUGGCCUGAAGGGGAGGUUCUCGCCAGUUUACAUGAGAGGUAGGAAUUCUUUAGUUUGGUUGAGGAAGUUCUCGGAUGGGGUUGCAAAGAAUUGUGAUUGUUCUGCCCUUGAGCAUGCUUUGGCCACGAUUCCCGGGGCGAAGAGGAUGAUCAUGGGGCAUACCAUCCAGGAGUUUGGGAUCAAUGGGGCUUGUAACAACAGGGCCAUUAGGAUUGAUGUGGGUAUGUCGGAAGGAUGUGCCAAUGGUCUGCCUGAAGUUUUAGAGAUAACCGGUAAUUCGGAGUUGAAGAUCUUGACAUCCAACCCUCUUUACCAGAGUAAGCCCAAGUCUCACAUAGGUGAUGAUAGGAAGAGUGGGCUCGGCUUGUUACUCCAAGAAGGGGGACAGAGGCAAGUGGAUGUGAAGGCCGAAAUGUCCCAAAGGCCAGUCUCUCUGAAUUAAAUAGUUUUACAGAAUUAGUUCCAGAGGAUAUCGCUUGACAAUGUCGGGUUAUAUAGUACGGUAUUCGACUUUAGAUGGCCAUUCACCUUGUUUACCAUUAAGAAUGAAUAAACUUAUUUAUGAGAGCCUUCUAUAUGAUGUUCAGAUUGUAGCUGGAAAGAGUAGACCAACUAUUUUCAGAUGAAGGCUUUGAAAUCUGUAAUUCAUUUAUUAUGAAUAGGGUAUAAUCAAAGUAUAAAUGCAUUCCCGGAACGUCAUAGUUUUACUU